AUGGCUGUCACUCAAGACACCGCGGCCGACACUUUGGCGUUGCUGGAGGAGAGACUGAGACACAUCGCUUUCCUCACUGAAGGAGAGUCCCACGAGCAGGAUAGCAACCACACGACCACCUCUGCUGCGUCCAGACUACGAAACCUCGAGCGACAACUCAAAAUACUUGCAUCCAAGUCGUACGCAAUAGCAGACCUACUCCAGCUCCACAAACAACAUCCCGAGCUCUUUCACCCCAGUGAUCCUCAUGAGGUUCCCAACACGCUGUCACCCGCCGGCCUCGCCCAGCUAGUUCUCGCUCACGAGCAACUCUACAGAUCGACGGCGACGCAGCUCGCAACACUGAGCGAGAACAGCGCGAUCCCGGAUCCUGCGGCAUUAUCCAAGCUCAUCGCCCUUCAGCCACGAAUCGACAGAAUCGAGGCCAAGCAAUAUCAGCAAGCACAAGAGGUCGCGGAGUUGAGAUUGAGAAGCAUGCGUGUUGUGGCUACGUGGCAUGAGAAGGGAGUGCUGCAGAUGGGUGAAAAGUGGGCGGAGUGGGAGUCUGAGUUGCGGGACUGUGAGAUCCUUGUGAGAAGGAAUGAAGCUGCAAAGAUUAGAGAGGAAGAGAUGGUAUGA